AGCUUCAGAUUGAGUUGCUACAAAGUGAGUACCUAAGACUACUUGACUGCGCCUUAGAAAUGUCGAUGAGUUCGAUCAUCCCCGUGAGAAGACGCGUAACCGCGUCCACCGCCAACGACCGCAACAACCUCCUCUCACCUCCGACCACCUUCGUCCUCCUCCACCUCGUCGCCGUCCUGCUCCUCUUCGACCGCUUGGUUAUUCUCCUCGACCACCGUCGAUCACUUCAAACCACUACCAAAUACUUCCUACCUCCUCCAAUUACCUCCAAACACCUCCUACCAUCUCCGUCCACCUUCUACGACUUCCUACGACCCUCUACUACCUCCAACCACCUUCUACCAGCUCCUACCACCUACCAUUUCCGAACACCUGUAACCACCUCCGACCACCUUCGCUCUCCCCGUCCUCCUGCUCAAUACGGUUUUCAACUGGGGAAAAGUACACAAGACGCAAUUCACGAACUAAACAAAGAUAUUCACGAAGCAACAGACAACGGAGAAAAAUGUAUAGCAAUAUUCCUAGAUCUUGCUAAGGCGUUCGACACGAUCCCGCACAGCCUGCUAAAUACACUAGAGAGAAGAGGUAUCCGAGCGAACAACUCCAAGUAACGUGCGGCAUUCCCCAAGGAACCAUCCUAUCAUCGCUACUGUUGACACUUUACUACGACGAUAAACUAAGGCUACAUACACAAUCCAAAAUAAUAUCAUACGCAGACGACACAGCACUGAUAUCAAGAGCAAAAACAUGGGAGGAAGUAUAUUUAAUGGCAACGCAAGAUAUCAACAAGAUCCACAAACACCUCAAUGAACGACUUCUAUCUCUCAAUACAGAGAAGACAACCUACAUGGCAUAUAGAUCCGAGAAAUCGGAAAAACAAGAUUUAAAGUACAAAAAGAUUCAGCUACACAAAUGCGCACAAGCGAACUCCAACUGUCAAUGUGACUCAAUAAUCAUAGUCAAAGAACAAAAAUAUCUGGGAGUACUCAUGGACGACAAGGUGAAAUGGAAUGCACACACAUCACAGACCGUAAAAAAACUUAGAGAACUAUUCCACCCACUGAUAAAUAUGAGUCAAAUACUGAACUAGAACACGAAGAAAGAAAUCUACCAUGAACUUGUGUAUUCCAUAAUACAAUACGGUAUCACUGCAUGGGGAAGCGUUUAUGAAAUACAUAAACAUCAUGUCGCACAGUCUCAGAAAGCUCUGAUCAAGAUCAUGUUUAACCUGAACCGCAAAUAUCCAAUUGACAAGCUUUACAAAGAUUAUGGAAUACUAGACCUACGACAGCAUGCCAAAAAGACGUAGCUAUCAAACUACAUAGAAAGCCAAAAAGAAUUGGAGAAAUGAAAAGGAAAAACGGACAACAAACUAGAGCAGUGUCAGUAGGAACCCUACAAAUCGAGCGACCACGUAUAACACAUGGAAAUCAUGAAGAAAAUAUAGUAAAAAAUGAAUUAUACAAUGACCUACCGGUUGAGUUAGAAGUAAUGACAACGACAACUUUUGAAAAAAACAUGACAAUUUGGCUGAUGAACAAAGACAUAGAAUACUACGAUGAACUAACAACACCAUAAUAAAAAAAAAAGAAUUAACAGGAAUAACUAAUUCAAUAACAUCCGCAAUACACACAUAACGCACAUCAAUGGAGAAAAAAUUAACGAUGGUAUUUGAAGGAACAAGAACCGACCCAUAUCAAUCCUGAACCCCUCCCCCCUGUACACACGAGUUACAAAACUUAUGUAAGGUGAACAUGCCAUAACAAAAUGUCACAGGAACACAUGUAUUAGAUUAAGGGCAUAUUUGAAUAAACUGAAACUGAAACU